CUUGUCAUGUCUGGAGAGAAAAUAGUCUCAACGUGGUCGCAAAAUGUGUAUUACAUUAUCUACAAGUGAACGACGAUCUUUCUUGUCCCUCUCCUUUGUAUUGUAGGCGCAUGCUCCCUGGGUCUUGGGGUGGUCCGCCGCCUGUCGGACAGUGGCAUGUCCUCAUUCAGCGCAGAUUCCCUCAGCAGACCGCUGACAUGAUGAACACGACUCUCCUCGGCAGGUGCACGGUCCUGCCGUGACGGCUCCGGGCAGACUUGACUGUGGCGGCCGGCGGAGCCCACACGGCUCUCGCCUGACAGUCGCGCAUCCGGGCGAAGUCGCCGCCGUGACGUCAGAGCAAGUUGUGUUGACAGCUAGUUCGGCUGAGCUAGCCCCGGUGCUAACUAGCCUCGCGUCAAGAUGGAGAGUUGGCAGUCGCCUCGGCGACUCUGAUUCCUUUUCCACGUCCGUCGCCCGUAUUCCCCCCCCGCCCCUCGCACGGCGUCCAGUCUCCGUGUCGGAGAUGCAGGACCGGUACAACGAGAUCGGCUUCGCGCAGCAGAUACUCGGUUUGAAUCUAGUGCCGAGGAAGAACAGCACGCACCGAGGCAACGACACGUCCCUCAGCGACUUCUCAGAGAUGUGGUACGGAGUGUUCCUGUGGGCAGCGGUCUCGUCUCUGGUCUUCCACCUGCCGGCGGCCCUGCUCUCCCUCGCCACGCUGCGUCAGCACAAGAUGGCCCGAUUCAUGCCCAUCGCAAUCCUCCUCAUGGGCAUCCUGGGACCAGUCUGUGGGGGGGUCCUCACCAGUGCAGCCAUAGCGGGAGUGUACAAGGCAGCAGGGAAGAGGAUGAUCUCUCUGGAGGCUCUUGUUUUUGGAGUCGGACAGUCCUUCUGUGUCCUCAUCAUCUCCUUCCUCAGGGUCCUCGCCACCCUAUAGCAGAGCUGAGGCCCACCUGGCUGGACCUGAUGCUGCCGGCUCAGUCUCUCACCACUUCCACCAUCUCCUGACGGGACCCACGUUUCACGUGGUGCGAGGUUAGAUCCUGGGCCAUAUGUGAACCAGCCAGCUGUGGGCCAGGGUGUCCCUCCCUGCUGCUGGACCAGGAACUGAACAGAUUCUAUUCCACAAUGUACGCGUGUGUAUUGCAGCACUAAGCCUUCAGGCUUGCUGUGGAGACAUCCGUGUCAUGUCCACUGUGGGACACUCACAAGCCUCCACACACCAACAGCACAAUAAGCUGUUGAUUUAAAAUGGUAAAUCGUCAUCACACUCUUCAUCAUCUAGUAUGCAGUUAUUCCUGAGUGGAAUGAAGGCAGCACACUGCUGUUGUCCACUACCACCAGGAGGACACUAACCUCUCUCAGGGGCUGUGUGUGUGUGUGUACGUGUGUGUACGUGUGUGUACGUGUGUGUGCGUGUGUGUAUGCACUUCUAUGUUUGUCAGGACCAGUUUGAGUUUUGAACCCUACCAGUGACGACAUCUCGGCCCAUCCUCACGACUUCAUAAUGUUGUUCAAGGGUUGACGGGUUUAGUCCACUUUGUACCACGGCGUUUGCGAACUGAAUUUAUGUCCUGGCCGACGUAACCAGUGUGGUCCGAAGUGAGGCCACGCUGCUGAUUCCACUUAGAUUUUCCUGGGGAUUUGUAUUGGUGAUGUCAGUCUCACUUCUCUUUGACAUUUUCCUCCAUAUCCUGUCAGGCUGACAGAUGCUUUGUGGAUAAAGGAAGAUAAUGUAUAUAUGCAAGAUCCUGGCUUUUCCCCUUGAUGCCUUAAUCAUUUUCUAACUUCCAAAGUGGCGUUCUCUUCAGGGCUGUCUUUCUUCAUCUCCCUCUCUAAUGCUGGCCUUUUGUUCUUACUCAUACUAUUGGUUGAAACCAGUUCAAGCCUGUGUGUGUUACUUUCGAUUCCAAAUUAGCAACUACCACUGACUAGCUUUCUCAUAUAACUUAUUUUGUGCAUAGAUGUGAAGAGGGUUUUAUAGAUGUCUGGUGCAACAGGACAUGAUCACAGCUUAGAGAAUCUUCACAGUUUCGCUGCUCAUCGUUGAUUGUCACUUUAUUUGAUCACAGGUUUGAACUCAAACCCAAAGUUCUCUUUAUCGUCGGUAUAAUUUACAGGUGUGUGAUGUGACCGUCAGAUGAUUGGGUUUUCCAGGUCUUCGUAGCUUCUCAAUCUUCAUGACUAAAUAUUAUGGAUUGCUCUUAUUUUCCCCUUGUAAACCAUCAGCCACAACUCUCACAUCAGUCGGUUGUUUUAAUGCUGUGUGUGUGUGUGUGCGUGUGUGCGUGCGCGUGCGUGCGUGCGCACAUAGUUGCUUUUUGAAGCUGCCAGUAGCUUCGAAAUUUACAUUUACAUUUACAACGUUCAUAUACAGACACAGGUCCAGUGUAUGUACAGUAACACUGCUCUUUGUUUGUGAGCAAUGCUGUUUGCUCUGUCUAUAUUCGCACCUCCUUAGAAAUGACUGACAUGUAUUUACUGUUCACGUCGUACCGGUUUGAAUUUGAAAUUUGAGUUGUCAGUGUCUUUGUUUUGAUGAAAGUUAUACUUAAUGAAUAUGCAGUUGAUUGAAUGAACACAGCGCAACUUCCACAUAGUUCCCAGCUUCACCCAGUCAAGAAUCUACUUUGUGACUAUUUAUGGAACGGAACAGAAACGAGACUGAAUCUGGAGCAGAUUCCAAGUCCUGAUCCUAAACUUCUUUCUAUUUAAGGGUUAUUACAAUUCUUGGGCGGAUAGUUUUGCACGUGACAUUCCAGUGGGAAAUCAUGUACAUUCCCUUAUUAAUAUGCCAUAACGAUCCCGUCCUGUAAUGGAGCCCAGACACGAUCAGACGCUGAAAUCUCAACAUGAGCCCCUGAACCUCAAAAAAGUUUUUGAACCCCUGUAACCAAAGAUGGCUUGAACUCACUUCAGUUUAGUCCAGUAGUUGAGUUUCACAAUGUGUGUAGAUAGUGCAACAAAUCAAACUGAUGCUAGAAUGUAGAAUUUUUUGUCUUGAGUUUGGUUCUGGGGAGUCAGAUGGAAAUGAAUUGACACCGGUGACAGCACAGUCAGAUUCUACAGACGCUCGGUACAAUCGGGACCAACACUGGGACAAACUCCCCGCCACACCAAACAUCUCAUUUCUUUACAUUUUCUCAUUGAAGUGAAAUUGUAUUUCUUUCCAGCUGAUGUACGCUCAGCUCAUCACACUGUACACACUGUACGUCGCAAGUACAGUGUGUUCAGUGCGAGAGAAAUGAAAAGCAAAGUUGAAGCGGUUCAUUGAAACGUGGCUGAUGCAGAAAGAAACCGAGUCGUCACGGUAACCGUGGGCCUUGCUGUUAAUGCUGUACAUUUUGGAGAAUGUUUAUUUUUUUAUGGUUGUGGCCCUUUGAGCGAGCGCGUUCUCCCUGGUUCUGUUGCAGCAGCACACUGGGAGGUUGAUUCACCUUGACGUUAGGUACUUCACUCUGGUUACGUUUGAAACGGGGCUGGUCAUCAGUGAACAUCCAACCGUUACGGGCAGCACUACAUUUCCAGUGCAUACGGGCUGAGACGUCUCAGUUCAGCCUUCAAACUCCCAGUUGGGGUCAAAGCUCAGGUUCUUGGAGCUACUCACAAAUGCUAAGCCAGAACACUUAGAGAAGAUAAAGUAGCACUUAUGAAAGUAGCUGCACAAAACUCCCCACUCAUGUCUGAAGUAACACUAGGAAAAGAGAAGGAAAUAUCAAGUAAAAAAAAUGUAAUCAAGGAAAGUAAGUCAAAAUUCAAACCAAGUCAGAAAUGUGAGAUUCACCUUUUCAGUCAGGGGCAACUACAACAGUCUGUUUUUGCCGAGUCGUCUGAUUGAUUACAACAGAGGAUCGAGCACAUGGUGCGGUUCCGUAUGAAACAUUUGUAAUAUUUUUCCCUCCACAUUUACGUAGGUGACAGCACACCAGAGAACUGUUGAAGGUCACACAGUUCAACAGCACCACUAACUGACCAUCUCUCUACAACAAAAACUGUACAUUAUAACCUCGCACUUAUCUAGGUGUACCUAACAAGCUGGCCACGCGCUGCACUGUACACAAUUUUGGUAUUAAUAUCCUCAUAACUUUCACUAUAAAUCAAAAUUAUUUAUUUAUUGUACUUAAACUGUUCAAUCGGAUCAUUUUGAUUUUACCAUAAGCAUGGAUGUUUUUGUUCAUGCACUUUGAAAACGUAACGUGAACAAACCCCCGGUCUCUGGGAUGCUCUCACGUUCUGACAACGGGAGGCGACGUGCACAGAAGACCAGAACAAGCCACCGGACUCCACUACAUGCCAGAUGUAUCUGUGUACAUUUCUCUCUGAUGGACAAACACACUGAUGAGAUGAAGGACCAAUGUCAAGGUCGCGCCAAGUAUGUGCUGUAACAGAACCACUUGUUUCUCACGGUCCUGAUUCCUGGACUGGUCUUGUUCCUUUCUUUUUUUUUUUUUACCAGAUUCUAAAUGGUUUUAACGUUGAUUUUACUAGAGUAAAUGAAAGUGCCAUUGGUAAAUAUUUUUAAUGAAAUAAAAAAUGUUUCAACUA